AUGGCAUCGCCAAGCCAUCUGUGCGUGGCUCAAGAGAAGGAGACGAAAAUUAAACACUGCCAAAGCAACUUCAAUUUGGAAAUAACUUUGUGCGACAAUUCAUCGAACGUGUUAUGUUCAUCAUCUCCAACACCUAAUACCAAUUAUUUUUGUUAUGUAAAUGCUGAUUCACAUCGAAAACAGUCAGUUGCAGUUUCACAUACUCCAACAUCGUCCAUAAAGGACUCAUCGUUGAAUAUUCGUCGAAAAUUAAGCGCUAUAUCAUUACCUGUUCCUUGGCAUAAACGUAAUCGAUCACCUAGUGACGAUAAAAUAUCGACCGAUUCAAUUCCUAAACAAUCACAACAGCAUCGAAAAUCUCACCAUUUUCUUAAAAUGUCUCGUGAUCGUCUAUUGACAUUAGACAGACUAUUUAGUACUGAAACUAAUGCUACUGCAACAACAAAUGACGAUGAACCAGCAUCUCCAAUAACUGAAAUCUCUGCUCUUGAUGACUCUAUGAGAUCUACUGAAAAACCAACCAAAUCAAUAAAAGAAAAUGGUUAUGUAUAUAGUUCACCUCGUAUAUUGACCAGGCUACAAUGUACAACGAAAGGUACAAAAGCCUUACGCCUAUUAGGCGAUGGUAGUGUAUCGAAUGAUUGUAAUAAAAAUCCAGAUCAAUCUGCAAAAGAUUUCAUUCAUAAUAAAUCAACAAAUCGUACAAAUCAUCAACGUCGACUUUUACUGAAAAAUGGUGAAGUUAACAUUUCCAGAUUCAAUAUCGAAAAGCGUCGUCGUCAAUAUCUUGCAGAUAUUUUCACAACAUUAAUCGAUUUAAAAUGGCGUUAUACGUUAUUUUUAUUUACACUUGGCUUUUGUUUGAGUUGGUUAGUAUUCGCUUUGAUAUGGUAUUUUCUUAUGUAUAUACAUGGAGAUUUACAUCCAAAUAACUAUAACUCAGCGAAUUAUACCGUUUGCAUAGCUGGUGUACAUUCGUUUGCUGGUGCAAUACUUUUCUCAAUUGAAACUCAACAAACAAUUGGCUACGGUACGCGUGUCGUUAAAGAAACAUGCUAUUUUGCUAUUGUUGUUAUGAUGGUACAAUCUAGCAUAGGUGUUUUAUUACAAUCGUUUAUGGUCGGUGUUGUUUUUGCAAAAAUUUCACGACCAAAAAAACGUACAGAAACAUUAAUAUGGUCACGCGAAGCAGUUAUAUGUUUGCGUGACGGACAAAUCACAUUACAAUGCCGUGUCGGGGAUAUGCGUAAAUCACAUAUUGUUGAAGCACAUGUUCGUAUGUAUUUAAUAAAAAAACGUGUCACGUUAGAAGGUGAAGUUUUACCAUUGCAUACAUAUGAUAUGAAUGUUGGAUUUGAUAAAGGCGUUGAUCGUUUAUUUCUAAUUUGGCCAUUAGUUAUUGAGCAUAUUAUUGACGAACAAUCGCCAUUGUUUAAUAUUAGUCGAGCCGAUUUAGCAAAACAACGUUUUGAAUUAGUUGUUAUACUCGAAGGUAUUAUUGAGUCUACUGGCAUGACAACACAAGCACGAACAUCGUAUUUACCAUCGGAAAUUUUGUGGGGAUAUCGUUUUGAACGUUUAAUUACAUUUCAACGUGAUGAUGGUUUAUAUCGUAUUGAUUAUUCACGUUUUAAUUUAACUUAUCCAGUCGAUAUGAUAACGUGCAGUGCCAGAGACUUAAAAGAAUUACAUGAAUUAGAAAAAUGGCACGAAAAUAAUCAUCAUAUUAGUCAUGAGAAACUUAAUGUACCCCAAGUGUCCACACCAAGUACUGCAACAGUACCAGUACCGCCACUUAUUUGGCAAGAAAAAAAAGAGAGCACAUUGUGA